GUCAUCAUGGCUUCUUCUAGCCCCACUGCUCACCCCUCCUGUCCCUGUGGUCACAGCCCCGCCUUGCUUGCUCUGUCCAGAAGGAGCACACAGGUUCCAGUGGAUCAGGAACCUGGUGCCAGAGUUUGGGAUCUCCAGCUCACGUGUCAAGGUGCUUUCAUCUCCGGUUGAAUUCUACGAACUCUUGAAGGUGCAGAUAAAAGCAGCCAAGCAGCGGGUGGUGAUGGCUUCCCUGUACCUGGGAACGGGGCUCCUUGAACAGGAGCUGGUGGAUUGCUUAGAAGAAACACUACAGAAAUCACUGCAAGCGGAAGGAUUGUCUAACCUCAGAGUUUCCAUUCUCCUUGACUACACCAGGGGAUCUCGGGGCAGGAAGAACUCCCGGACCAUGCUGGUUCCCCUGCUGCAGCGCUUCCCCCAGCAAGUGCGCGUGUCGCUCUUCCACACGCCAAACCUGCGUGGGCUUCUCAGGCUCCUCAUCCCCGAGCGGNNNNGACAGACUGUGGACAUCAAGGUCUAUCUCUUUGAUGAUGAUGUGAUCCUCAGCGGUGCAAACCUGAGUGAUUUGUACUUCACCAAUCGCCAGGACCGCUAUGUUCUCCUGCAGGACUCUCCCGAGAUCGCAGACUUCUUCACAGAGCUCGUGGAUGCCAUCGGGGAUGUGUCUCUGCAGCUGCAGCGAGACGACACGGUCCGGAUGAUGGAGGGGAUGGAACACCCCUACCAGGGAGACAAGGUGGCUUACUGUGAGAUAGCCAACCGGAGGGUGAUGGAGGUGAUCAACUCUGCCAGGACACGGCAGGAGCUCCUUCACACCAAGACUUGCCACGGCAGCCAGCCAGGCAGCUCCUCGCCGUCCCAGCAAGGCUCUCAAGUGGCCGGGGGGCUGAAACCAGAACCCGACACCUGGAUCUAUCCCUUGAUCCAGAUGAAACCUUUUGGGAUUCGGAUAGACGAGGUGGUGACGGAGACGCUGCUGACGGAGGCGGAGCGGGACGCCAGGAUAUACCUCACCACCGGCUACUUCAACCUGACCCAGGCCUACAUGGACCUCAUCCUGGGCACCAGGGCCCAGUACCGCAUUCUGCUGGCCUCCCCGGAGGUGAAUGGCUUUUUUGGUGCCAAAGGGGUGGCAGGAGCCAUCCCCGCUGCCUAUGUUUACAUCGAACACCAGUUUUACAGUGAGGUGUGCUACCUUCACCAGCAGGAGAGGGUCCAGCUGCAGGAGUACUCCAGGGCUGGGUGGACGUUCCAUGCCAAAG